AUUAGGGUGAUACGGAUACGAGACAGUUCUCAGAUCAAACCCUAGAGUUCGUUCGUAUUCCUCCUGUUCUACAACAUCCAUCGGUUUCUCCUGCAUAUAUAUACAUAUCAAAAAGGCUCAAGAUUUCUCAAAUUUUUCUCCCUCGAGAUCGUCUGCAAUUUCACUGUCGUUUCAAAUUCUAUUUCCCCGAGACGGUGGCUUUGAGAAUUUCAAGAGAUCUUCUGGAUUGAAGCCAUUCGUUAGAGUUUUUUGUGGCGGCCGGUUCAAUUGAAGAUUUCUACACUGUAGCUGAGCGUUAUACAUCCGAAUCGCCAAAUACGGCCGUUCUCGUUCGUCAACUUGUGGGAGAUAGAUUCUCGUUGAUCUGAUACCGUCUGGGAAGCGCGUGAGAGAGGUUUCGCUCUAUCGAGUUUUGUUGAAGUCGAAUCAGAGAAGUAAAGAAUCAAAUAUAUAUUUUUGAGUUUUUCUUGUUGUAGUUUAUACAUACUUGUUGGAAAUCAAAUUCUGGCCUUCAUAUUUUUUUUUUUAAAUUAAGGAAGGGCUUGGAUUAAGGUUUUUUUUUUACAAAAGAGUAGAGAGAUUCUUGUGUGUUUAUAUAUAUUGUAUUUUUGAUUCUAUUUAUCAGAUUAAAUCGAAUGGCAAUUUAUUACAAGUUUAAGAGUGCGAGGGAUUAUGAUAUUAUCCCCAUGGAUGGUCCUUUUAUAUCAGUUGGUUUUCUCAAAGAAAAAAUUUACGAAACUAAGCAUUUGGGAAGUGGUAAAGACCUUGACAUUGUCAUCUCUAACGCCCAAACUAACGAAGAAUAUCUAGAUGAAGCAAUGUUAAUCCCAAAGAAUACUUCCGUUCUAAUUCGUCGGGUCCCUGGAUGCCCUCGCAUCAGAGUUAUUACCAUACCAGAGCCGAGAGUUGAGAAUAAAGUGGAAAACGUUCAGGCUGAUACUAACAAUUUUGUUACUGCUGAUAUACCUACGGCUGAAGAUGAAUUUGAUGAGUUUGGGACUGAUUUGUAUUCAAUCCCUGAUGCACCAUCUAUCCAUUCUAGUCACGACCCUGCACCAGCCGAUGAUAAGAUAGAUGAAGAAACCAAAAUAAAGGCGUUAAUUGACACUCCAGCAUUAGACUGGCAGCAACCAGCUGCGGAUGCUUAUGGCCCGGGCAGAGGUUAUGGAAGGGGUAUGCCUGGAAGGAUGGGUGGACGCGGUUUUGGAAUGGAAAGAAAGACGACUCCGCCACCAGGCUAUACUUGCCAUCGUUGCAAUGUUCCUGGACAUUUUAUUCAACACUGCCCCACAAAUGGCGAUCCUAACUAUGAUGUUAAGCGAGUUAAACCACCUACUGGUAUCCCUAAGUCAAUGCUGAUGGCGACCCCAGAUGGCUCUUAUUCCUUGCCAAGUGGUGCAGUAGCAGUUUUGAAACCAAAUGAGGACGCUUUUGAGAAGGAAAUGGAGGGAUUGACAUCAACAACACGUUCUGUUGGAGAAUUUCCUCCUGAACUUAAAUGUCCAUUGUGCAAAGAAGUAAUGAGAGAUGCUGCACUUACGAGCAAAUGCUGUUUCAAGAGUUACUGUGACAAGUGUAUCAGAGAUCACAUCAUUACGAAGUCAAAAUGUGUCUGUGGAGCAACUGAUGUACUAGCUGAUGAUCUUCUACCAAACAAGACCCUAAGGGAUACUAUAAACCGUAUGUUGGAGUCUGGUAACAGUAGUGCUGAAAACGCUGGCAGCAUGUGUCAAGUCCAAGAUAUGGAGUCUGCACGAUGUCCACCUCCCAAGGUUCUGUCACCUACUACAUCUGUUGCAUCUGGAGACAAAAUGAAACCAGCUCCUAGUAACAACAAUGAGACUUCAACUCUAAAGCCGUCAGUCGAAAUAGCGGAGAUCACAAGUGCCCCUCGGGGGACUACAGAAGUGGUUAAAGUGGAAAAGCCAGAUGAUGCAUCUGAAAACACUCGAGGAUCCUUGAAUGGCAAGGAAGCAGCAGUUACACAGCUGAAUACGCAGGCACUCAAGGAAGAAAUACCACAGCAGGUUGCUUCUGGGGAGCAAGGAAAAAGAAAGAAAAAGAAAGCUCGGGUGCCUGGAACUGACAUGCAGUGGAACCCCAUGUCAAAUCCAGCAGGCCCUGACUAUAUGAUGUCCAUGGGUUCAGGUCCCGGUAAUCAGUACUUCAAUGGUGUGCAACCCGGCUUCAACGGCGUUCAACCUGGGUUCAAUGGCUUUCAUCAUGGUUUCAAUGGGUUUCCAGGCCCUUUUCCUGGCUCGAUGCCUCCUUUUGUUGGCUAUGGAUCAGGCCCCAUGGACUUGUCCUUUGGCAGCAUGAUGCAUCCAGUUCCUUUCGCUGCACAGGGUUUCGGGUUCCAUAAUCUACCACCACCCCAUAGGGACCUUUCAGAGAUGGGGAAUCGUAUGAAUCUCCAACGUCCUAUUAUGGGGAGAGAGGAAUUUGAAGCUAAGAAAGCUGAGAUGAAAAGAAAGCGUGAAAACGAGAGACGGUCAGAAGGAGGGAAUGUCUACAGGGACCGUGAGAAGAACAGAAUGAUGAACAAUAACUCGGCAGCCUCUUCCUCGCCCAUGAAACCAAAAACUACCCAAAUUCCUCUUACUAAAUGUAACUCUUAUUGGGUCUUGGAUGAACAGAAACAGGGGCCUGAUUACGACCGUCGCCGGCGAUCGGAGAGAUUGUCUCCAGAGCGUCAGUCAUCUCGGAGGCACAAAUCUCCCUCACGAUCAUUAAGCAGGAGACCUGAGCGCGAUCAUCACCAUGACCGUCACCAAGACAUGGAAUCCGAACACGACCGCCGCCGCGACCACCACCACCGAGAGACAGAUCGCAAGCACCGUAAAAGAUCCGAAAACCAAUCAUCGGAGCCAACUGCAGCAGAGAUUGAUGAUAACAGCAAGUCCAGCGUAUUCGCUCGCAUAAACUUUCCAGAGGAGGCAGCCUCUAGCAAGCACCGAAAGACAUCAUCAAAGUCUUCUCCAGCACCUCCAGAGAGCUCGGUUGUUGCAACGGCUGUUUCAUCGGGUCGUCGUCAUAGUCGGAGGGAAAGAGAGUCGGCAGAACACGAUUCCAGUGAUGAUGAAGACAGACAUUUCAAGAGGAAGCCAUCAAGGUACAAGCGAUCUCCUUCCGUGGCGUUUUCUGACGCCGGUGGUGAUGAGCAUUUCCGCCAUUCCAAGCGAUCGAAAGGAGAGAGGUCGCGAGCUUGAUUCGAAUUUCGAAGAAUGAAAGAUACAGAAGAAUGCAUAAAACGCCCUUCUUCAUCAUAUUCAACGGCAUGGAGACGAAGCCAUGGCCUAGGACGUGAACAAAAACAAAAAGUUAUUAGUAGUGUAAUCUGCUCUGUUGCGUUAAUUAAAGUAAAGUCCUCUGUAAUCGGAUGUUUUUUUUUUUGGUAGGCUGUAAUCGGAUGUUUGUAUAAUAUAUAAAUGGGUUUCAUUUA